GGUAAGGCAACCGAACAAAUGUAUCUCUACUUCAGUUCACAACACAGGGGAGAUUCAUCCUUGUGGUUCCCUAUUUUACUGUGGAGCAUGGGCGCAGUUACUGUGGCAGUUGGUAUUGUUGUUGGGUUUUACCUCAUAAGAAAGUACAGAGAAAGUAGAUGGGGAAAAUGCAAAAGCAAACGUCGCAUGGAAGGCAAAAUUGUUGUUAUAACUGGUGCAAAUUCUGGCAUUGGAAAAGAAACCGCCCGAGACCUUGCAAGUCGUGGAGCGAUUGUAAUAAUGGCUUGCCGAAAUCGUCAGGCAGCCUUGGAGGCACUUCGUGACAUUCGCACAACUACAGGUGAUGGAGAUCUGAUUUUUAUGGACCUAGAUUUGGCUGACUUGACAUCCAUCCGGACAUUUGCAUCGAAUUUCCUUGAAAAAUUUGAUAAACUUGAUGUGUUGGUGAACAACGCUGGUGUGUAUGUUCCUCCAGAUGAACGUAAGAAAACCAAGGAUGGUUUUGAAAUUCACUUUGGAGUUAACCACCUAGGUCAUUUUCUCCUUACACAUUUACUGCUUAAUCGUAUAGAAAGCACUCCAAAUUCACGGUGAGCUUUAGUUCAUGUAAC